AUGGUGGCCAACCCUGCCACACGUCAAUGGGCCAACUUGCCUACCUCCCCGGAACCAUCCAUUGGCGACAUGCUUGGGGUAGCCGUCUGGAGGACGACGAUGGGUGAAGAAAAGGACAACCACUGCUUGUAUUCAAGCUUUUACCUUGUGUACGAUCCCAUGGUGCAGUCACCGCAGCACUUCGAGGUAUUUCUUAUCCCCUUACUAGGCCGUGAUCUGGGCAAUCGGGAAAACGUCACCAUCGACAUUGAGGAGCAAGAAUGGCCGCCAUCGACGUUCAGAACCCACGUCUUCUCGUCAGCGAGAUGGAGGUGGGAGGAGAGGUCCUGGAUCCGCCAAGGGGAGCCUGCCGGGACCAUGGCCGAUAUGCUGCAAUCCAAUUGCUGGGACCGCAAGGCCGUCUAUUUCCGGGGAGCACUCUAUGUGCAUUGUCAAAAUGAUUCUGUCAUGAGGAUAGCCUUGUCCAAUGACAAUAAGUAUCAAAUGGUGAGAUCUCCAGCAACACGGAGCAAACUUGGUGCUGAGCGUGCUACCUUUUACUUGGGAAAAUCAGAGAAAGGAGUGUACUCUGCGUUACUUUAUCGGGCCGACUUUGGUAGCUGCCCCCAGUUUCGAGUCUGGUUGCUCAAGGAGGAGGAAGAGAUCAAUGAUGGAAAUCACAUUAUUCACUUGGAAUGGGUGUUGAAGACUAACAUCAGCCUUGAACCACUGCUGGCAAAACAUCCUCCUCUUCACGGUCAUAGCUUUGUCGAUGAUGAAUGGAGGGUCAUCCGUAACUAUAACGAGGAGGAAUUAGAAGCACCACCACCUGCUGCUGCUGCUGCUGCACAUGACGGCGACGAGUUUGCUGAUGAUGAUGAAUGGGACUUUAACAAUGCUGAUGAGAUUGUCCUUGAAGCCAACAAUGAUAAUAAUAAGGCCGAAGCAGACACCUAUCCUGUUGAUUUUCUCGGAUUUCAUCCUUACAAAAAGAUUGUCUUCUUUUCCUUAUCAUCGAGGACAAUAUCUUAUAAUUUGAAUACCUCAAAGGUUCAACAGUUGGGCGGCGACAUAUGUUUAGCGGUGGGCAUAAGAAAAUGUUUCCCAUACACACCAUGCUGGCUGACCAUGGGGGAAUUAUUUGAAAACAGUUAA